AUGGAGGUAGUCUCGGCUGGGAGUCCCAGCGCCGCCAAGUCUGAGGGGGCCGAGGCAACGCCCACCCCGCCACCCGCCUCCCCGCCAGCCCUCACCCCGGCGCCUGCCGCGGACGAAGACGACCCGCUGCCUUUGCCCGAGGCGGGCAUGACUCCCGGCUGCUCGGGCUCCCGGCCCCCCGAGCUGGAGCUGCAGCGCGGCCUGGGUCGCUUGAGAGGCAGCUUCGAGGACGACGACGAGGAGUUGGAGGAGGAUGAGGAGAUGGAGGAGGAAGAGGAGGAGGAGGAAGAAGAGAUGCGCGACUUCUCCCUGAGGUUGGAGGGUGGCCGGCCGGACUCAGAGGAUGAGGAGGAGCGCCUGAUUAACCUCUCUGAGCUGACCCCGUAUAUCCUGUGUUCCAUUUGCAAAGGUUACUUAAUAGAUGCAACUACCAUUACAGAAUGCCUUCAUACCUUUUGUAAAAGCUGCAUUGUAAGACAUUUUUACUACAGCAACAGAUGUCCAAAAUGCAACAUCGUAGUACAUCAGACACAACCUCUUUAUAACAUAAGGUUGGACCGACAGUUACAAGACAUAGUGUACAAAUUAGUCAUCAAUCUAGAGGAAAGUGAAAAAAAGCAAAUGCAUGAUUUCUAUAAAGAAAGAGGUCUAGAAGUGCCCAAACCUGCUGUUCCCCAGCCAGUCUCUUCAAGCAAAGGAAGAUCUAAGAAAGCCCUAGAGUCAGUGUUUCGUAUUCCACCUGAGCUUGACAUGUCUUUAUUACUGGAGUUCAUUGGUGCUAAUGAAGGUACAGGACAAUUUAAGCCAUUGGAAAAGAAGUUUGUUCGAGUUUCAGGAGAAGCAACUAUAGGACAUGUAGAAAAAUUUCUCAGAAGGAAAAUGGGUCUCGAUCCAGCUUGUCAGGUAGAUAUCAUCUGUGGUGAUCACCUGCUUGAGCAGUAUCAGACUCUAAGGGAAAUCCGACGUGCAAUAGGUGAUGCAGCAAUGCAGGAUGGUCUGCUUGUCCUCCAUUAUGGUCUUGUGGUUUCUCCUCUUAAAAUAACAUGA